AUGAGCAAAGACCUUGGUUCCCAGAUCACUAACCAAUCGAUCUUUCAAAAUCACUUCUCACGAAUUACAGGUACCAGCAGCAGCAGCAGCAGCAGCAGCACCACCACCACCACCAAAGAGGAACUGACUAAUUUAUCCAAAAACAAGUUGAUCUGUAAAAACAAUAGUGAACUUUAUUUUGCAGUUGACAAUUUGGUCAGAUGCUGUACUAUAAACCCUACAACAAAAAAUUAUAAGCUCCUCAAGACCCAAAGUGCUGCUUUUGAAAUCCAGGAGCUUGUGAUUAAUGAAUCUGAAACGUUUCUUGCACUUGUCAGUGCUUCUUCAUGCAUCGAUAUUAUUGCUUUACCCUCGAAACUAAACACCAAUUUUGAUUCUGAACAAAAUGCAGGCUCCAAUUCUGUAUUUAUUGAUGCAUCUACAUAUAGAGUCGAAGUGCCAGGGACUGUGAAGCAGGCCAUUUGGCAGCCCAUAGUUGCCAAUGACUCAAUGUUGGUUGUUUUAAAUGAUCGUUCAGAGAUUUUUGGAUUCGAUAUUUUCAAAUCUACAAAAGUUCCGCAAGUUUACGUGAAAAGCGAUGGAAAUAAAGAUGUUAUCAACUCUAUUGCAUUUGGUUCCAAGUGUAAGAUAAGCGACGGUUUAAAAGUAUAUGCAAGUACAAAUGAUAAGAUUCUUGCAAUGAAUUUUUUCACAACAGAUACUCAAAUUGCCGUUUCGAAAGAGGCAGUUGACCAAGCAAUUGCUGACUCGAAGACUGUGAUUGAAUUGAUUAAAGAAAACUUUGGCUCUGAUGAGAAUUUGUCUAAUUUACAAUUGCUUCGUCUGGCAUAUGAACAACAUGCUAUUUACGAAAACAUGCAAUAUCAGUUGCUGCGCAAUUACAAGGAAAUGAGGGGAGUUUACACCAGCAAUCCGUAUGAAUUAUUCAAAGUCAACUUGAAUUUGAGUUUGAGAGAAGAAGUAAAAAUAAAGUAUGAUCCAAUAAUCGUGGCGAAUCAAGGUGCUAAUCAGAUCAUUUCAUUUGGCGACAAUGACCUGGUGUCACUUUUUGCAUUGAUUAACAAAGAUGUAAUCUCAUACUACAUUAGUCUUUUGGACAGCACUUUUAUCAACUACAAUGAGCCAGCAGAUGCAAAGUAUGUAAAACCCAAAAAGGGAUUUGGCUUUGUCGAUACUUUUGAGAAGGUCAAUGCAGAGGUUGAAUUUUGCAAAAAUGAAUUGAAUGUUUUGGAAUUUUUACAAUCGGAGAAAUUGCCGGUAAACGGGGAGGUUCAAGAGGAAACAGCACCAAGCUCAAAAUCAUCAACAUCUUCUACUUCUACUACUUCUUCAUCUUCAUCAUCUUCUUUACAGAAGAUUACAAAUACUGACGACAAAUUUGUGGCCAUCAUCAAUUCCGAUAUGGUGAUUGCCGACUGUUCUUCAUGGGUUAAGAAAUUUGUCAAUGGUUUGCAAAAUAAUGCCAGCGACAUUUUGCGUGAUGUUAAACCUGCUUAUAGUUUACUUUCUCUGGGAAAUGACGAUAUUCAAGGGUUUGCUUUUGUUGACAAAUUUUCUCAAGAGGUUGCUGUUGUUGUAAGAGGUGAUCAAUUGGAGUUGGUUAAAUUCACACAAGAUCAAGAACCAGAGAAGCAACAAAAUUUAGUCACUGGUCUGCAAUCGAGUCAAACACACGCGCAAAAGACGCCAUCGCUUUUCCAGGAAUCGCCAUUUGCUGAGCUUGAAUCCAGUUUAAAGUCAUUUGAAUCCCUAGUUAACAGUACAACUUUACAAUUGAAAUCCAAAUCGAUGCAAGAUUUUGGCUCAAAGCCAUCAAUGGAGAAAUUGCAGGCCAUUAGUGAACAAUCUUACGAGACAACAAAGCUCUUUUCCGGUGCCACUGCUUACGCAAUCAAUUUGCAAGCUCGAGUAUUAUCUCAAGUAAAAAACUUGCAACGUCAACUUGGUUGUUUAAACAGCCUUGAAGAGGUGAAAUCACAUGAAGAUUAUAAAGAACAGAACGAGAGGAUAGAAAGAAUACAAAGGAGACAAGAGACCAUAGAUGCAAGGAUGCAAGCAUUACAGGAUAAGAUUGAGAAACAGUUUAGUCAAAAAAUUGACCUUCCAUUAUCUGUUCAAGAAGGUAAAUAUUUCAAAGAGAUUAAUGAACUCAACGCCACUACUCAGGAAUUGAUUGAAAAGAUUGCCGAUUAUAAACAACAAGUUGACAAAGUAGAGAAAGAAAAAGGUGGGGUUAAAGGAAGUGCAACAAAUGCAGAAGGAGAAGGAGAACCAGAAGGAGAACCAGAACCAGAACCAGAACCAGAAGCAGAACACAAAGACUUUCCUUCGUCAGAGACCAUAUAUUUGGAAAAUAAACUUCGAAAAUUGAGGACAUGGUUAAAAAUGCAGAGUACCAAUAUUCAAGACAUGAUGGAGAGACUUGAAAUUGCAACGUGA